GACAUUUUUAAAUGUUACCCUACGGUCUGGACUUACCACCAAGUGUAUGAGUUAUAAGACUAUUUACGUGUAUAUCUUCAUUUUCGUUAACUGGAUACACCAGUGUGAUUUUUCUGAAACUAAUAACCGAAAAUGACAACAAGUACAAGGAAACGACGCACACCAAUGGUGGCAUGUUUAAUGCAGACGAAUUUCUGCAAAUAUCGGAGUCAUGUUUUUCUUGUCGCGUUGGUCGUCGCUGCUGCUACAAUGUCUGGUGCUUAUUCCCAAACCACGCCAUCGUGUGGCACGAGCGUGGGAUGCUUCCCUGAGCCAUACGCAUUACUGGACCUAGAAACGUACCCGGCGAGGACAGUUUCGGCCAGUUCUACUUGUGGAGACAACACAACGAAUGACGGCAAGUACAUGAGUCUAGUGACGUCAGACGCCACCGAGUACACAUGUAACGCCUCUGAGUUACAGCUGGAGAAUCUUUUCGAUGAGUCAAAAUUGACCUACUGGCAGUCGGCUAAUAUGAUCAACGUGACAGGGGCGACUCCAAAGCCCCAGUAUUUAAUUUUUAAUUUUACGGACGAAUUUUUGUUAACCCUGGUGAGUUCUUGGUCCAGUUGUUUUCUUGUUUUUUGUUGCCUUUUUUAAAAAAAAAAAAAAUUUAAAUCGAUUUAAUAUUUAUGAUUGCAUUUGAUUUAAAGUACAAUUUAAAAUUCAGUAUAUUUUCAGAAAAUACUUUUGGGACCUUAUUAAAGUACUCCAAAUAGAUUAUGAGAUCCGAAUACAAUUUUACACGAUUCGUGGGGAUGGUGCAAGCAAUAGAUUGUGUAACUUUCGCGAUUAGACACAUUCCCGAGAUUAGACGCAGUUCUAAUUCUUUUGAUCUAUCAUGUCGAGCGCAGCAUUGUCAGUUGUAUCGAUUUGUAAUGUGACUAACUACGCUACAUGACUUAAUACAAAUCAAUGGCAUCUUCUUUACAAAUGUUUUAACAAAUACAUAUCAAAAACAUGAUGUUGAUCAACUCUUAGAUCAGUGAAAACAGCUUUUUUUUUUUUUUUUAAAUUCGUUUUUUGGUUUUUUUUUUUUUUUUUUUUUUUUUUUUUUUUUUUUUUUUUUUUUUUUUUUUCCAAAUUUUAACAAUAAAAAAAAUUAAUUUUUUUUUUUUUUUUUUUUGUGAAAACUGUUUUUUUUUUUUUUUUUUAAUUCGUUCAUUGGUCUUUUUUGUUUUUGUUUUGUUUUUGUUCUUUGUUCAUGUGUUAUUCAUUAUCCAAAUUAUAACAACAACAAAAAUUAAUAUUUUUUUUUAAAAAUAAUAAAUUAUAAUCAAAAUAAAUAAACUUAACAAAGAUACAUAGAAUCAGUUAUAUGAAAUGCUCUUUUUUUAGUACAUCCUAACAGUGUAAAAUGUUGGGAUGUUAAUUUUUUUAAAUUUAAUUUUUUUAAAAAUGGAAUUUAAAAAAGGGGUUUGUAAUCGUAGAUUAUUUUAAGCAGGCGGACAAAUAUAUUUUUUGUCUACUAUUAUCUCAAAUCCUUAUAAUAUAUAUAAUAGAUAACAAAUAUAUUAUUAUAUUUGAAAUUCUUUUAGAUGGAAGUUACAUUCGUUGCGCCUCCUAACCCAAGUGAAG